AUGGAAACCCAAAAAGAUAAUGGUAAGGGAAGUAAGCAUGUCUGGACCACCCAAGAAGAUAACAUGCUGGUUGAAUGCCUAGUCCAACUGAAAACCAAUGGAAAAUUUGUCGCAGAUACUGGGUUCAGUGUAGGAUAUUUGAAAAGGCUAGAGGAUAUGCUAGAAGUAAAGCUUCCAAGUUGUGGCUUGAAAGCUAACCCUCAUAUUAUGUCUAGGUUGAGAACAAUCAAGAAGCAAUGGCAGAUUGUUCAUGAUAUGGUGCAUAAUAAAAACACUUCUGGCUUUGGAUGGGAUCCCAUCAAAAAAUGUGUUACAGCUGAAGAUCAUGUAUGGACUGAGUAUGUGAAGGUUAAGAAAGAAGCUGGAAAUUUUAGGAAUAGAUGCUUAUCUCACUUUGAAGAGCUAUCAUAUGUUUGGGCUAAAGAUCGUGCAGAUGGGACAGGAGCAGAGGUGCCUAUAUCUCUUGGUGAGGAUGAUGAAGAAGAUUCUAGAAUUGAAGCUGAAGUCAAUGCUGAACAAGUACAUAACACAGAUACAAAUUCUAUUGCAUUUGAGCAACAACCUUCACAGCCAACUGAUGUCCAUUUAUCUGCAAAACGAAAACGAAGGAGUAGCCGUGAUGCUAUAGAGGUGCUUGCUGAUGCUUUAAAGGAAUCUUCUUCCAACAUGGACAACACAAUGAUGAAGUUUGCUGACAAUUUAUGUAAAGAAUUUGCAGAGAUGCGGAAGGAUUCCAGAAGAUUUGGUCCUGUUGAUGUGGGCAGAGCAGAGGAAAUAUUCAGGCAACUUAUGAGAAUACCAGGUCUUACAUGGGGAGAGAUUAACAAGGCUCAUUCUAAGAUUACUGAGUCUUCAUCAUUGGCAGUUGGAUUCUCACUAGUCCCUGAAAACGAGAUGGCUGCUUGGGUGUACAGCCUUCUUGAAUAG